GGAGGCGGCCGCGCGCGCGUUCUUUCUCCGACCUCGAUCCUUGACAAGUUCUAUCAAUUCUCGAGGUCCGCCGCCCCCCACAUCGCCCGCAGAGACCGCCAGGUCUUCAGCGAUGUCCCGCACGCGCCCAAACCAAUAAUCCGUUCCGUUCGGCGGUGAGUGCAGAGUUGCGACGUCGAUAAUGGAGCGGCGGAACGAAAACUGCAAAAGGUCGUCGAGGCGGUUGCCCGGUUGCUCGCUGACGAGAUCGAGUACGAGCUUCUUGUGUGUGUGGGAACUGGCACCGCUUGUGAUGUUCGCCUCACUACUGGUCGUCGUCAAAGCGGUCGGGAAGCCGAGGAAACGAUAUGUUGCUGGCACGAUGCGACGGGUGUGCGGGCACAAUCGGAGGGGGGUGACCUUGGAAACCUAAGACGGCUGCAGGACGCAAGGACCGGCAACCCAGCGGUCUAAGGGAACGCAAGACGGAACACGCACGAGCGCGUCAGUCGAGGGAGAAGUUACGCCAGUACCGUGUGCGAGGACAAGUACAAGUGCCUCUCGGCUCUCGAGCUUCGAGGGAUGCGCCGGGUCCAAGCUGGAAAAGUAGCCAGGAACGUUCUCGAUUGAAGAUCGCAGAACCAAGUAGCAGUGCGGCGGCAAGGCCAGCAGCAGUCAAAGCCG